GUGCCUUGACGCGCAGGUCGCCGGGUGGCCGCAGCUGGGGUGUGCGUGGAGCGCGAGGGACGUCUGCAGGUGUCAGCCGACUCCGUUACCUAUCGAACAGGUCACGCACCCCAGCCGCCGACAUGGUGCUUCCGUGGUGGACUCUGCUGUUGUACCUGCGCAACGCCAGGAGCGUUCCGCCAACAGCCUACAACUACACUGCUCCGGAGACCUGGCAGGAGACGUUCCCAAUGUGCGGCGGGCCCAUGCAGUCGCCGAUCGCGCUGACCCCCAACCGACUCAAGAUCAUCAAGGCGCCGGCGCUGCAGUUCGCCGACCACCUGGAGAACGGCAUGAUCGAAGCUGAGAACACCGGCCGCGAAAUCAAGCUGAAGCUGCUGCCUCCCAACCCGGAUGAGUCGCUACUCAACCUCUUCUCCUUCGACGGAGAGACGCUGGGUAUCUACGAGUUCGCACAGAUGCACUUCCACUGGGGCGAUGUGCGUCUCAACCACGGUUCAGAGCACGCCAUCGGGGACAAAUUCACGGACGCCGAGGCUCACUUCGUCUUCUACAACAGCCGCUACGACAGCUUCAAGGAGGCGGCGCGCCGCUUCGACGGCCUUCUGGUCAUCGGCGUGCUCCUCAAGGGUACCGAAGACGAGUCCAAGGGCCUCUUCCCGACUCUGGGCAUCGAGAAGCAGAUGAAGGCCGUCUCCAGUCCCGGCAAGAAGCUGCGUGCGCGCGCUGACCUGCGGCCAUUCCAGGACGUGCUCCGACGUGCCGUGAAGACGUACCUCAGCUACCACGGCAGCCUGACCACGCCGCCCUGCAACCCGGUCGUCACCUGGAUGGUGGCCAGCAAGCCCAUGUUCGUCAGCUACAAGUUUCUGGAGACGUUGACCACAAACGUCUAUGAGGAUGACGACGGCAUGGACUUGUUGGUGAACAACUGCCGUCCGCUGCAGCCCCGGCACAAGCGCGUUGUCACCCAGUUCAUCAGCUUCGAAUAGCUGAUGCUGAUUGCUGCCCGUGAGAGGUGCCAGUGAGAUGAGAGCUUUGGGGCGGUGGUGCAUGUGAGAGCUGGGACAGUGGAGAGCAUGCGUGCGUGACACUGAAUGCGGCGUGAUUUUUGACACAGCUGGCUCUGUCAAAUUGUUUGGGCGUGCUUGUGGGUCCAUGGGCCAUGGCACACCAUAAAGUGCGCGUGCGUGUAUAGUAUGUAUUUAUUUGCGAACUGAGUGUGCAGAGGAGCAGAGUUACCAUAUCAAAACCUCAUCAGUGAAUAUCUGUGCCAUAUGUGUCAUACUGUGUCAGCGUCACAGUCCAAUGUUUGUUCUAAGCUUGUCGCAUAUUCGAUGAGGCUAAUCGAGCAAUAUGUCAAGUGGCCAUGUGCUCUCAUAGUGUUUAUUGUAGUUCUUUUGAAUUGUAUUGUUGCUUAAUAUCAGGUACCAGUGUUUAAACGAUUGUAAAUAAACUGAAACCAAUAUCA